AUGACAGAUACGUACUCAGAUUCUUGUGAUUCUUCAGGUUUUGAAGGCUUAAGUCCUAUUUAUCAUUCGUUCAAAUUGUUUAAUAACUUCAGAAGAACAUACACGUUAAGCAGGUUUCAUGGUGGUCAAAUUUGGGCUUGUUUUUAUCACAGUAGUAAUAAUAAGAUACAAAAAUCAUAUGCAAGGGUCUUGAAGGUGCGUGAUCCUAUUGUUCGCAUUGCAUGGCUCCAGCCUGUGACACAUUAUCCAGGUGCAAUGUCGUAUAGGAAGAACACCAAAAGUGUGAAGUUACCUGCCACAAAGCAGGGUUGUGGCGAAUUUAUAUGUGGUAAACAGGAGGCCCUGUCAUUAUCUCGUUGUAACUUUUUGCGUCAAGCUUUCUACAAAGAUAAUUUUGCUUCUUGCAAUCUUGGUAGUCCUUACUUAAUACAUCCUCAAAAGGGAGAGACGUGGGCCCUCUAUAAGGAUUGGAACCUUAGUUGCUAUGCUUCUAAUCCUGAAAAUCAUUUAUCUUGCCAGUAUGAGAUAGUUGAGAUUGUCCAGAGAAAUCAUUUUGACACUAGAGUUGCUUCCUUGGAUAAAUAG